AUGGCUUCAGAGUCACCCCAGCUGCAAAUGUCACCGCCGCAGACAGAACCGCGGGAUCAAUCCAAUGAGGCAUCUGAUUCCAACAAGAGGAAGGCGGAACAAGGCAACGGAACGCAGGCGCGCACAAAGCGGAAUCGCUACAUCUCUAUCGCAUGUGAGUUCCGGUCAAUGACAGAUCAAAUCACCACUUUGCAAGAUCAAGUCAAUAGCCUAUUUAGCAAUAUUAGUGAGCUUCGUACCCAGAGACCGGUAUUUGAGUCACCGCCGUUUGAUCAUCUUUCGCGCGAUGGGUCUCAAUCGGUCUUCACCCCCGUGCCGGGGAGCCUCACAAAACCCCGGGCCCGUCACCCACGCUUCCAUGGUCCAACAAGCUCGGCCUUCAACUUCGAUGUGGCAAAGUCCAGCUUGCAGAAUAUGGGUAUCACCCCGGCUGAAGAUGGAAUUCCAGAUGACUUGACCACCGCACAUGUUACUCCAACAGGCUCACCACCUCCCCAUAUUGGACAGCUACUUCCAACAGUACACCCUACCAAAGAUCCGAUAUGGUCAAUCCGACGUGAGGAGGCGAUGCGUCUUUGUAAAGUUUAUGAAGAUGAGAUCGGGAUCAUGUAUCCUGUGGUGGAUAUCGCCAAAGUUACCAGCCAGGCUAAUCUACUCUACACAUUCAUAGAAGCUGCUACUAGAACAGGCUUUGCACAACGAGGCUUUCCGGGAUCUGAUGGCCUUCAUGACGAAAGCUCAAUUAUUCUGAAAUUGAUUUUAGCCACCACGCUGGUCGUGGAAGGCGGCGGCCAAAGCGAACUUGGGCAGCGACUCUACUUGAGUGCUAAGCCAUUCAUAGAAUCGAAGUUGUGGGAGCCACACACGAUCAAAACUAUUCAGCUCUUUGCUAUUGUGGCUACGUAUCAUUACCAUACAGAUGACGAUGCCAUGGCCUAUCGAAUUAUUGGAUUAGCAGCACGAAUGUGCUUGGAGAUGGGGUUACAUCGUCGAGAUGCUUUGGUGAAAUCCUUCCCUAAUGAAGAACAAUGGGUCGAGAUCACUCGGCUAUUCUGGUCAGUGUACAGCUUGGACAGACGAUGGAGCUUCGGCACGGGAUUACCUUUUGUGAUUCAGGAUGAGGAUAUCGAUCCUAACCUACCAGAACCUGAUGUAUCAUUGCCUUAUUUGCGCUGCAUGAUCCUAUACAACCGCAUCAGUUCCAAGAUCUGGUACUCUGGUCUACGCUCCGAAGGCACGACUGAUAUCCGGCGUGAUGAAAUUGGCUAUCUAGAUUACCAAAUCUUGCAGUGGUACAAGCAAGUUCCAGAGGAGUUGAAGUUCUAUCCCGUCGAGUCGCCCAAGAACGGUGAAACCGGGAACAGGGGGAUGAGACGACUCAGGGUUCUCCUGUAUCUGCGGAUGAACCAGCACCGAAUUUUGAUCUACCGUCCCGUGCUUCAUUCCUCUGCUAGCAUUGUCGAGGAUCGCGGUCAUGCUCAAACAGUGGUGGACGUAGCGAAAGACACGGUUCGAGUUCUUACACGACUGAACCAGACGUCUGAUAUUUAUCGGACACAGCAAAUCACAUUCAACUAUUUCCUUGUUGCUGCAUUGGCUGUGCUGUUCCUAGCAGUGUCCCAUGCCCCUGCUGAUUUCAAUCGGCAGGUCCGCGAUGAGUUCUACAUGGCGCUCGACUUGAUCAAUGGGUUCAGUACCAAGUCCUACGUAUCCAAGCGGCUAUGGAAAACGAUCAAGGGCUUGCGAAAGAUUGGAGAGAAACUUGGAGUUCUCGCCCGACCUUUCGGGGCAGAUUCCAGCGAUCCCCAUUCUAGCGCUGCUGUGGCCAUGGCAGGGCUCGCGGGGCAUCCAAUCCAGGACCUGUCCAUGUAUGGGGCCAUGAAUCAUGGACACGAAUUAGGAAACAGUCCACUCAAUGGAGUGCAAAUGAGUCAUGAGUUGACGCAUUUGUUUGAAGCAGUUGGCGCGUUUGGUAGCUUCAUGCCGAACGGUUCUGGUGAUGGGAUUAGUAGCUUCGUUGGGCCGGAUGGGGAAAUGCAGAACACUGGAGAAGGAUUGUCGGGAGUUUUGGGUGACGAUGGGGAGUUUGCUCGUAUCUUCCGGGACUUGUUUUGA